CCAAUGACAACAAACGCCUCCUUCAAGAUUGCGUUCCCAUUUCUGCCUUGUCAAAUGGAUUGACUCAAAACUAUCCUAACUACGGCCGGAAUGUCGUCGGAACCCAUCACCGGUGAUCACCGUUUUAUCCUCUUCCUUCUACCUCUUCUUUGCUUCAUAGUUCACUCUUCUUCCCAAUCUGACCAACGUCAAAUUCUUCUCAAAUUCAAAUCUACCCUCCAAAAUUCAAACUCAGAAGUGUUUAAUACAUGGAAUGGAAAAACACCCAUCUGCAAUUUCACAGGUAUCGUCUGCAACUCCGAUGAUUUGGUGAAAGAAAUCAAUCUUUCGCAGCAACAACUCGCCGGAACUCUUCCGUUUGAUUCAAUAUGUUCUCUGAAAUCGCUACAGAAAAUCUCCCUCGGAGCAAAUCAUUUGUAUGGAACAAUCAGCACCCAUAUAUCAAAUUGCACCAAUUUGGAGUACCUUGAUUUGGGGGAUAAUUCCUUCUCCGGCGAAGUCCCUGAUUUAUCUUCGUUAACCCAGCUCAAGUUCUUGAAUUUAAACCUCAGUGGAUUUUCAGGGUCGUUUCCAUGGAAAUCGAUCAAAAAUCAUACGGGUCUCACUUUCUUGAGUUUAGGAGACAACCCUUUUGAUAGAACUCCCUUCCCUUUGGAAAUAUUAAAGUUCCGGCAGCUAUACUCUCUUUAUCUUUCAAACUGUAGUAUUGAAGGGAAAAUCCCGGAAGAAAUCGGAAACCUCAGUUUAUUAGAAAGCCUUGAGAUCUCCGAUAGUUAUCUCGUCGGAGAAAUUCCGGUGGGAAUCACGAAGCUAACGAAGCUUCAGAUGCUUGAGCUCUACAACAAUCAACUCUCCGGGAUUCUUCCAGUUGGGUUAAGUAACCUCGUAAAUCUUGCAGAGUUUGAUGUUUCGACUAACAAUCUUGAAGGUGAUUUAUCGGAGUUACGAAACUUGACAAAAAUGGAAUCUUUACAGUUGUUUGAAAACAAUUUUUCGGGAAGAAUUCCUGAAGAAUUCGGAGAAUUCAAGUUUUUAACGCAAUUCUCAAUCUACGAUAACAAGUUCACUGGAGAACUCCCUGCAAAAAUUGGUUCGUGGGCUGACUUUGAAUACAUCGACGUGUCACAGAACUUCUUGACUGGUCCAAUUCCAUCUGACAUGUGCAAAAUGGGAAAAAUGGAGAAACUUCUGAUGCUUGAAAACAACUUCACCGGCGGCUUUCCGGAGACUUAUGCAGAUUGUUCUUCCUUGCUUCGAAUUAGAGUGAGCAAUAAUUCACUUUCCGGUAGAGUUCCUGAUGGGAUUUGGAGUUUGCCGAAUAUAGGUAUGAUUGAUCUUGCAAUUAAUCAGUUUGAAGGUCAAGUCGCACCAAAUAUUGGUGAAGCAAAGUCGUUGACGCAGCUUUAUCUAGCUAACAAUCGGUUUUCCGGUCAACUGCCGGUGGAAAUAUCGAACGUUUCAACUCUGGUGGAAAUUGAGCUGGUUUCAAAUCAAUUUUCCGGUGAAAUUCCGUCAAGAAUUGGUAACUUGAAGAAGCUAAGUAAACUUCAUCUACAAUAUAACAUCUUCUCUGGUGCUAUUCCGGAGUCUUUGGGUUCAUGUGUCUCUCUUGAUGAAAUAAACCUCGCCGGAAAUUCAUUCUCUGGUGAAAUUCCGGCAACUCUUGGUUGUUUACCGACUUUGAACUCUCUAAACCUAUCGGGUAACAAACUCUCCGGAAUGAUUCCGGCGAGGUUAUCAUCAUUGAAGUUGAGCCUCAUUGACUUGUCAAACAACAUGUUGAUUGGAAGAGUGCCGUCGGCUCUGUUAUUGGUGGCUUACAAUGGCAGUUUUGCCGGAAAUCCAGGGUUAUGUGCUGACGGAAGUAAAGAUCUCCGGCAAUGUUCACCGGUUUCCAACAACUCCGAUCACUUAAAAGUGGCGGUAUAUUGCUUCAUAGCCGGUGCACUUCUCCUGGUGUUGUCCUUAUCAUGUUUCCUGUUCAUGAAGCUCCGGCAACAUGACCACAAAGAUCCAAUCAACCGGGGUUAUUCAUGGGAUGUAAAAAAGUUUCAUGUUCUCAAUAUUAAUGAGGAUGAAAUACUUAAAUCUCUCAAACAAGAAAAUAUAAUCGGGAAAGGCGGCUCCGGGAACGUCUACAAGGCGGUUUUGGGGGGCGGCGAACAACUCGCCGUGAAACACAUGUGGAAGUUUGUACCGGAUUCCGGUGGCCGGAGUAGUGCGGUGAUAUUACCGAAAGGGAAAAGCCGGUGGCCGGAGUAUGAGGCGGAGGUGGCGGCUUUGAGUUCACUCCGACACAUGAAUGUGGUGAAAUUGUAUUGUUGUAUCUCGAGUGAGGACUCGAAUUUGUUGGUAUAUGAGUAUAUGCCAAAUGGGAACUUGUGGGACCGGUUACAUACAUAUAAGAAGAUUGAAAUGGAUUGGAAUGUACGAUAUGAGAUCGCGAUGGGGGCUGCAAGGGGGUUAGAGUACCUACAUCAUGCUUGUGAUAGACCAGUGAUACAUCGGGAUGUGAAAUCGAGUAAUAUUUUGUUAGAUGAGGAGAUGAAGCCAAAAAUAGCCGAUUUUGGUCUAGCAAAAAUUGUGCAAGCAGAAAAGGUUAUGGAUUCGACUCAUGUUAUUGCCGGAACACAUGGUUACAUCGCUCCUGAAUAUGGAUACACAUGUAACGUGACAGAGAAAAGUGAUAUCUAUAGUUUUGGCGUUGUUCUCAUGGAGUUAGUAACGGGUAAAAAGCCCGUGGAACCCGAAUUUGGUGAAAACAAGGACAUAGUUUAUUGGGUUCAUAAUGAAAUGAGAACAAAAGAUAAUUUGAUCGGAUUAGUGGACCCUAACAUUUCAAAAGAUGUGAAGGAAGAGGCUGUUAAAAUGUUGAGCAUUGCAGUUCAUUGCACGAUGAAGAUACCGACAUUGAGACCUUCAAUGAGGAUGGUGGUGAAAAUGUUGGAAGAAAUCGAGCCUAACUCGCUUAUCAAUGUAGUGAUCGAUAAAGUGGGCGAAAACGUCAUUUCACAACAUAAAAAUUGAAUUUUGUAUAUGUAAGAGUUAGAAUGAACGAUAAAACGGUGAUCAUAGACAUGUAUGAUCACCGUUAUUUUUUUUGCAGUUGUAUUAUAUAGUCUUCUAGUAAAUUUUCCCUCGUG